AUGUCCGACGAUGUGGAGCCACAGAUCCGUGAGAAGUACGAUCUUCACAAACGACUGGGAAAGGGUGCUUAUGGUAUCGUUUGGAAGGCGACAGAUAAGAGGACCAAGGACACCGUCGCCUUGAAGAAGAUCUUUGACGCCUUCCGGAACCAGACCGAUGCUCAAAGAACGUUCCGUGAGAUUAUGUUCCUUCAAGAGUUUGGCCGGCAUCCCAAUAUCGUCAAACUAUUCAACAUCCUACGAGCCGAAAACGACAAGUAAGCCUUUAUUGUAUCUGAUUCAACUUUAUAGGGACAUUUAUCUGGUCUUCGAAUACAUGGAGGCCGAUUUGCACAAUGUCAUAAAAAAGAUGACAAUCCUCAAGGACAUACACAAACAAUAUAUAAUGUGCCAAUUGUUUCGUGCUGUAAGAUACUUGCAUUCUGGGAAUGUUUUGCAUAGAGAUUUGAAGCCUUCGAAUGUCUUGUUGGAUGCUGAUUGUCGCGUAAAAUUAGCCGACUUUGGAUUGGCCAGAUCUUUAAGUCAGGUGGGUUCUACCAUCAUGUUUAUAAAUGGUAUUAUAAUUAAACGUUUAAAUUUUAACUUUGUUAUUCUCACCAUUACUUUUUCAGCUGGAGGACUACCCAGAGGGACAAAAUAUGCCCGAAUUAACGGUAAGAGACUACUCUUACAGUGAUUUUAUUGAUGCAAUUUGCAGGAAUACGUUGCUACACGAUGGUACAGAUCACCCGAGAUUCUGCUGGCUGCAAAACGAUACACGAAAGGGGUGGACAUGUGGAGUCUUGGGUGCAUUUUAGCGGAAAUGCUGCUUGGGCGGGCGCUCUUUCCCGGCAGUUCGACCAUAAAUCAAAUAGAGCGUAUAAUGAAUUCAAUAAACAAGCCGAGCAAGGUAAGUGGAAUAUCCAAAGAGGACCUCACUCUUCAGGCCGACAUUGAUAGUAUCGGCUCCCAUUAUGCCCAAUCCGUGCUCGAGAAAAUGCCUCAACGUCCCAAGAAACCUCUAGAAAUCCUCCUACAUUGUCCCAAUCCUCAUGCCAUUGAUCUGGUUAACCGACUCCUUCUCUUCGCUCCUCACAAAAGAUUGAACGUCGAGCAAUGUCUUGUGCAUCCUUAUGUUCUGCAGUUCCAUAAUCCUGCAGAGGAACCAGCUUUGCAUUAUGACGUCACCCUUCCCCUUCCCGAUCACAUUCAGCUCACUGUUCAAGAAUACCGGGACAAAUUAUAUGACAUGAUUGUAUCCAAAAAGACUCAUAUCAGAAGAAUCCAACACGAUAAGCCCAUUCGACCUCAAGCCCAACAAACCAUCUAUCCACAGGACGAUGGACAACCGAGUAAUCAGAAAAAGGUUAAUGGAUAUGUGAAACCAGAAGAACAGAAACCGAUUCAGUAUCGUCAAAGGAGAGGAUCCAACUCCAAUACUCCACCAGAAAUUAACGAAGUCCCUCGAAGUAAGAGUUAUAACAACGAACCGCUCAGCAAUGGACACGAGAGAAAACCAGUGGACUCCGCUCAGCCAUUAAGGAGGGGAAACAUAGAAAAAAGUGAUGAAAUCAAAAGGUGAGUCUGAGACGGAUGUGAGUAUCGGCCAAAAUAACAACAAAUAGUAGAAAUAUUAUUGCAGAAGACCUAUAUCAUCAUCAAAUGGGAAGAUACCACCAGCAAACCCCCAAAGAAACGUCUCUCGACCGCACAGUCAACAUUACACUCAGCCUGAUUACAGAGCAGCCCCAAUAGCCCAGGCUGAAUGUAGUGAUACUGAUUUUGACUCCGCCCGAUCAGCGAGACUUCAAGAGAAACAAAAACAAGUAGCAGAUGCCAAUGAAAGACCUCAAACUCAAGGUGCAAAGCAAAAUGGAGUAGCAAAAUAUUCUCAUCCUCGAGGUAAAGCAGUUCCUAAAUGAUCAAUAAAAAUGCAUUUGUAGAAAGAGCUCAAAGUGCGGAUACAAAAGGCAAAGAGCAGAACCUUGCCAGAUCCCAAAAGGAUAUGCGGCGAUCUCAUGACAGACUUGGAGGUCUAUUUAACGCCCUCCGGCCAUCUUCCAAAUCCUCUAGUCAGGGUAAACAUUAUAGUAAUGGAAUUGCAACUAUUUUGAGCUAA